AUGUCCCAGCUAACAUCUGGAGACUCCCAGCUAACACAGGAGACCUGUAUGAUGUCCCAGCUGACAUCUGGAGACUCCCAGCUAACACAGGAGACCUGUAUGAUGUCCCAGCUGACAUCUGGAGACUCCCAGCUAACACAGGAGACCUGUAUGAUGUCCCAGCUGACAUCAGGGGGCUCCCAGCUAACACAGGAGACCUGUAUGAUGUCCCAGCUGACAUCUGGAGACUCCCAGCUAACACAGGAGACCUGUAUGAUGUCCCAGCUAACAUCUGGAGACUCCCAGCUAACACAGGAGACCUGUAUGAUGUCCCAGCUGACAUCUGGAGACUCCCAGCUAACACAGGAGACCUGUAUGAUGUCCCAGCUGACAUCUGGAGACUCCCAGCUAACACAGGAGACCUGUAUGAUGUCCCAGCUGACAUCAGGGGGCUCCCAGCUAACACAGAAGACCUGUAUGAUGUCCCAGCUAACAUCAGGGGGCUCCCAGCUAACACAGAAGACCUGUAUGAUGUCCCAGCUGACACAGGAGACCUGUAUGAUGUCCCAGCUGACAUCUGGAGACUCUCAGCUAACACAGGAGACCUGUAUGAUGUCCCAGCUGACAUCUGGAGACUCCCAGCUAACACAGGAGACCUGUAUGAUGUCCCAGCUGACAUCUGGAGACUCCCAGCUAACACAGGAGACCUGUAUGAUGUCCCAGCUGACAUCAGGGGGCUCCCAGCUAACACAGAAGACCUGUAUGAUGUCCCAGCUAACACAGGAGACCUGUAUGAUGUCCCAGCUGACAUCAGGGGGCUCCCAGCUAACACAGGAGACCUGUAUGAUGUCCCAGCUGACACAGGAGACCUGUAUGAUGUCCCAGCUGACAUCUGGGGGCUCCCAGCUAACACAGAAGACCUGUAUGAUGUCCCAGCUGACAUCUGGAGACUCUCAGCUAACACAGGGGACCUGUAUGAUGUCCCAGCUGACAUCAGGAGGCUCCCAGCUAACACAGGAGACCUGUAUGAUGUCCCAGCUGACAUCAGGAGGCUCCCAGCUAACACAGAAGACCUGUAUGAUGUCCCAGCUGUGCUCAAGGGAGGUCUGA